UGGUACAUAUUCAUUCAUUCAUUCAUCGGGAAAAAGGCGGGUUCUCAUGGUACUAAACAAUAUUAUCCAUCAAAACGGGUAAUGCUUUACCCAGCCCUAAAUAGAUCAUAUCAAUUCAACAUUUCAAACCCUAACUUUUGGUUGUCAAAAACACACGCACUCAUCGUCAAAUAUUAGGAAUUAUGACUCGUAUUUCGCUUACGAAUGACACCCAUUCUCAUGCGCUAGAAGAAUCUGACUCAACGAUGAUCGAAAUUGAAGACGAAGACAACAAGACUUCAACUAAGAAGAUUAAAGACCUUGAAAUCUUUGUCCCCAUUGCCUAUGGAACUAUCUCAUUUUGGCUUGGAAAGAAGGCCACUGAAACUCAAUCUCACACGUGGACUGUUUAUGUUCGUGGGGCCACAAACGAGGACUUGGGCGUAGUCAUAAAAAAAGUCGUGUUUCAGUUGCAUCCUAGUUUCAGUAAUGCAAGGCGAGUGGUAGAAUCACCACCUUUUGAGCUCACAGAACGCGGAUGGGGUGAAUUCGAAAUAGCCAUUUCAAUAUUCUUCCACGAUGAUGCUUGUGAAAAAGAAAAACAGUUAGACUUGUUUCAUCCUCUGAAAUUAUACUCUGAAGUCGAGCAUGGUCCUUUAUCUACCAAAAAACCUGUAAUUGUUGAAUCUUACGAUGAAAUCGUUUUCCCAAACCCUUCGGAAAAAUUUCUUGCGCGUGUCCAUGAUCAUCCGGCUGUAAUCGUGCCACGUCUUCCACCCACUUUGAACUUGCCUCAUGUACCAAUGGAUGACUCGCGUGAUGACAAAAGAGGUGAUACUAAAGAUCACCCACAUGUUCAAUGGUUCAAUAAAUUUUCCGAGGCAGACGAGCUGUUAAAACUAGCGGAGGCCCGCCAGCAGGUGCAAAAUCAUAUUGUGAAGCUACGAAGGCGAAUGAGUAUGCUAGAUAAUAUCUGAAGUCAUAAAGCGCUAGAUAUUUGUAAAAGCGUUAAUGGUAGUAUCUUCAAAUUGCACUUUUGCGCACUUUUUUUAUUUGUUCGUUUUCAGACUGCGUGUCCUAGAACGUCCUUUGCGACACUUGCAUGUGAAAAUAACUUAAAGGUCGCGCUUUAUUUGGUAACAGUUCCCUUUCGGAUUUAAGAUAUUUUGUUAGUCCCUAUCCUACUAAAUCAAAUAAUGACAAUAGCAUUCUCUAUCAA